AGCAGGAGAAAAUGAACACAUCCGAGGGAUCGGUGUUGUUCGAGGACGUGUCCGUGGACUUCACCCAGGAGGAGUGGCAGCUGCUGGACUCCGCCCAGAGGCUCCUGUACAGGGAUGUGAUGCUGGAGAACUACAGGCACCUGGUGUCCCUGGGGUACUCUGCUACCAAACCUGAGCUGAUAUCCAAGCUGGAGCAAGGAGAGGAACCAUGGGUGUCACAGAGAAAGUUCCCGAGUCAGAGCCGCCCAGAAGUCCAGAAAGCCAGGAACGUGAAAGAGAGAAGCCGAGAAAAUGAAGAUAAGUAUUCAAGGCAAGCUUCAUUCAGCAACAACAAAACACUGACUAAGGGAAGAAGUAAAACCUCAGGAAAGGCCACCAACCCAACGCCUUCAAGAAAAAUGUCCCACAAGUGUGACUCGUUUGGCACAAGCUUGAAAAGUGUUUCAGAAUUAAUUAUCAGUAAUAGAAUCUGUGUGAUAAAAAAGCCUGACGAUUUCAAGGGAUGUGGAUUCCUUGAUACUGUGUGUGAUAAAACUCACACAGUGACCAAGUCCUGUGAGGAUGAUCAGGAGAAGAAAUCCCACAGUCAGAACGAUGCCUUUGUUCAGCAUCAGAAGAAUUUGGGUUUGGAGCAACUCCUUCAGUACAAUAAUUGUGGGAAAGCCUCUCACAAAAACACAGCCUUUGUUACAUACAAGAGAACUCACACGGGAGAGAAGCCUUCUGAAGGUAGUAAAUACAGAACAGCCUUCAAGCAAAAGUUCAAGUUCAGUGCUUGUCUUAGAACCCUGAGGGAAUGGGAGCCACGUGAACCCAGUAAAAAUGGGAAAUCCUCAUGCCUGAAGUCAAAACGUGCACCUCAGAGAACUCACGGAAGGGAGAAACACUCUGAUGGAUAUGAUGAGUCGGGGAAGUCCUGCAGCAAGAAGUCGAACCUUACUGAGCACCAGAGAAUGCACGCAGGAGGAAACCCCGAUGACUCCCAUGAAAACGAGGAAGCCUUGCAGAAGUCAGGCUCCACUCAGAAUGAGAGAACUCACACGGGAGAGAAAGUCUACGACUGCGAUAAACAUGGGAAAUCCUGCCGUGACAAGUCACGCCUCACUCAACAUCAGGAAGGUCAGACAAGGGAAAAACCCAGUGAGUGUAAUGACGGUGAGGAAGCCAUAAAGAAGUCACUCGUCACUCAGACCCAGAGAACUAACAGAGGAGAGAAAAGCUGCGAAGGUGGUAAGUGUGAGAGAUCCUCCCACGAGACGUCGAAACUCCGUCGGCACCAGAGAACACACUUGAGGAGGAGAACCGAUGAGGGCAGUGAAAGUGGGAGGGCCUUAAGUAGCAAGUCAGACCUCGCUCAAGAUCAGAGCGUUCCCAAAAGAAAGAAAACCUAUGACUGUAACCAAUGCGCAAAAGGCUUCCAGAAGAAAACAGACCUCACUCAACAUCAGAGCGCGCACACCGGGAAAAAACCCUAUGAGUGUAAUGAAUGUGGGAAGUCCUUCUUUGUGAAGUCCAACCUCACGGAGCAUCAGAGAACCCACACAGGAGAAAAGCCAUACGAAUGCAAUGAGUGCGGAAAAUCCUUCUGCCAGAAGUCAGCCCUCACGGUGCAUCAGAGAACUCACACAGGAGAGAAACCAUAUAAAUGUCAUGAGUGUGGAAAAACCUUCUGUGUGAAAUCGAACCUUACUCAGCAUCAAAGGACCCACACAGGAGAGAAACCCUACAAGUGUAACGAAUGCUCUAGAUCUUUCUGCGUGAAAUCCAACCUUGUUGUACAUCAGAGAACUCAUACGGGAGAGAAACCCUACAAGUGUCCCGAAUGUGGGAAGACUUUCUAUGAAAAGUCGGCACUCACGAAACAUCAGAGAAUUCACACAGGGGAAAAGCCCUAUGAGUGUCAUGAAUGUAAAAAGACCUUCAGCCAGAGGUCAGCCCUCACCAAACAUCAAAGGAAAACACACAAGAAGAAAACUCCCAUCAACACUCUCCAUGGGCAGAAGCCGGCAUCUACAAGUCAAACCUAA